AUGCUGGUUGCCGCCCUCUGCAUGUCAGAUAGCGUGUUGUACGAUAUGAUGCUCUCCAUGCUGGCGGCGACUUUCUCCAUCUUCCCCUUGACGAUCCUGUACGCGAUGCAGAGACGCGAGAGCGACUGCUCGUUCAAGAAGAGAGAGAACCAGGUCUGGGUCCGCAGGGCGGUGCUGGUACUCAUAUGGAUGCUCGGUGCGGCCGAAGUCUACGCGUCCCUUCACGGGAAUUUUGACUACGACCACAGAAACUACUACGACAGUGUUGACUAG